AUGUUCUUGAAACGGGCGGGCGGAAGACGCUUUCCCCUCGCACUGCUGUUGUGUUUGAUUCACACGAUAUGUCUGCAUAGCAUCUGUGCAGGGAAAAACUCCUGGGGGGUCUACAAAUCCGGUGCAGUGAAGGCGCCACUUGAGUUGUUCUCUCCUUCCACAGGAAUAAUAACAAAGUGGAGAAAGAACGAAGAAGCGGGAGAAGAAGGAAGAGGAAGAAGAAGCAGAAAAGGAAGCCAUGUGGAGUAUCCCCAUUUUCUAAGCAAUACAAAUAUAGGCCGGAGAAAAAGAGAAAAAUGUAUUUCGAUAAAUAGCAGAAAAUGUAGUGGGUAUCGAAACACCAGAGAAGGGAAAGACGAAAUGAUAAGAAAAAUAAAAAGAAUUUUAAAAGUAACAAAGCUGUUAAUACAGAUAAACAGUUUCAAGUUAACUCCAAAUAUGAGGAUGGAUUUGUUAAUAAAUCUUCCCAGACCACAUGUACGUGUUCAUAUGGUUAAGAACACCUUAAUGAAGCUAGCUGUAGAGAACACUCCAUUUGAAGCCAUCGUACCUCACCUCAAGGAAAGCAACACCUAUAUGUUCAUUAUGGAUGAAAAUUACAUAGCCUUUACUCUGUAUGCAAAUAAAUCGUUCAGUUCGAUGUACAAGGAAUACAAAAUGAAUAAUUUUAUAAAAUUGUCUGUUUAUGAGAAUACAAUUUUGAGCAAAGCUGAGACGGAGAAUUUAAUAAAUAUAAAAACACACAGUUUUUAUUUUGGGCAGGUGGUGAACAAGCUUGUCCGAUUGAUUGGGGACAUCCCUCGCUCCAUUAUGCAAGUCCCCGCCUCCAUAGCGCGCGGUAUUUAUUUGCACACGCAGAGGGGCGCGCCAGAGGGGUAG